AUGGACUAUUCUCACCUCCUGCGGGAAGAGCUUAUAGCCAAGCUUCAAGAGGCCGACAAUGUGAUUAUCAGUCUUGAUGCCACUCUCGACGAAGCGAUUCGCCACGAGGAGGAGGCGGCGAAACUAGAACAACAACUCGCGUCCGCCAACCGGGAUCUCGUCACAUUGAAGCGGGAACACGAAACGGCAUUGGCAAAGAUCUACUCGUUGACUAAAGAGAAGAACCACAUGGUCGAAACCCACCAGAAUGAGGUUGGCCAGCUCAAUAAUGAGAUCCGCCAAUUGCGACAUCAGUUGGUGCUGGUGGAGACGAUCAAUGUCGACUUUGAAACCCACGAUCGACUUCUUGAGGAUAAGCUCACCACGGCUACCGAGUUCAAUAACGAGUUGUUGGAGAAGAUCGCCAUGCUCGAACUGGAAGUCGAACGGGAUCGCCGUCGCUUCACCGAACAACAACUCCAAAUGACUGACUACCAAAUCGAGACUCGCGAGCUUCGAAAGCAAGUACGUCAGUUUGAAGAGGAACGCAAGCUCUAUGUGAAUGAAGGGGACCCGGAUAUGCUGCUAGUGCUGAUUGCCAGAGUGUUGGAUGAAGGCCCACCGCUGCCGCAAUUUGCUCAGGAUGGUUUUGGCAAACUGGGACGCCGGAAGUCUAUGGUUAAGAGUAUAUCACAAGACGUUCAUGCCUAUUUGAGGGGGCGAGAAGGCAUGAAACCAAGCAAACUGAGCAAGCAGCUUCACGAAUUCAUUAAGCAAGAGUCAGUGAAGUGA